UUCAUGCAUAACCUCUCAAUUUUCAAUUUCAAAACCAAAGCUGGUCCGAUCAAUUACUUUGACAAUACCAAAAGAAUACAACAACAACAAGAGAAGUAGAUAAAGCAGUUAAGGUAGAGAGAAACAAAGUUGAGGAGAAAAGCCAUGGCAACCUCUUCUAUGGCAUCCGCAGCAUCUGGUUUUGUGUUAACAUCUAGUCUUUCCUCCACCACCAUCACAACCUCAUCCAGGAGCAGCAUAUACUUCCGAAUAAGAACUAACAAUAACUCAAGACUCGUUGUUCGUGCAGCAGAUGAAGCCGCCACCCCUGCCCCAGCUGCUGCUGCCGCUACUAAAGAAGCUGAAGCUCCAGAUGCAGUCAAGAAACCUCCUCCAAUUGGCCCCAAGAGAGGCACUAAGGUGAAGAUUCUCAGGAAAGAAUCCUACUGGUACAACGGCAUUGGAUCAGUCGUAGCUGUUGAUCAGGACCCAAAGACUCGCUACCCAGUCGUUGUCCGGUUCACCAAGGUCAACUAUGCCAAUGUCUCUACAAACAACUACGCCUUGGAUGAGAUUACGGAAGUCAAGUGAUGAGUAGUCAGCAAUCCAAAAAUGUUGAAUUUGUAGCUAGCUAGCUUAUCCUAUCAAGUCUUUGUAUUAUACCUUGUUCCGUGUGAUCUAUUUUUCUGUAUUCUUAUUUAUAUUUUCAACAAUUCUAGUGAAGUCAAACUGAAAUGCAUGAUCACGCAA